GAAAGAAGCUCGCGGAUACUUUGUGUGAAACUGGGAAGACACAAAAUGCUGAGGAUCCUUAUUUUUCUACAUUGAGAAGUGUUUCUAGCACCUGUUGACCAUCUGUGAGGUACGGACUAAUGGCCGAGUUAAACUACCAGCUUCUCUUAUCAGUCUACAUCCUCACCUUCCUGAUCGGCCUUCCCGCCAACAUCCUGGCGUUCUUUACCUUCCUUCGAAAGGUUCAACGCAAGCCAACCCCCAUCGACAUUCUCCUGCUAAACCUGACAAUAUCUGACCUCAUCUUCCUCGCGGUCCUGCCGUUCAAGAUGAAGGAGGCCACUGACAAUUUGAACUGGAGCCUGCCAUAUUACCUGUGCCCCAUUAGCAGUUUCCUCUUCUUCUCCACCAUCUACACCAGCACGUUAUUUCUGACCGCGAUUAGCAUAGAGCGCUACCUAGGUGUUGCGUUUCCAAUCCGAUACGCUCUAGGCCGCCGACCACGCAACGCUGUGAUUGCAAGCUGCUUCCUCUGGCUUCUGGGAUCUCUUAACCUCAGCAUCGUGUACAUUGUGCCAUACAUACCCUCAAGUGAUAAUUCGAGCUACAGCAAGCUGCAACCCAAUCCUCACCUGAGAAUUUGCUACGAUAAUUUCACCGUAGAACAGCUGAACAUUCUACUUCCUGCUCGUCUGGAGCUUUUUCUCGUGCUUUUCUGUAUACCCCUCCUCAUCUGCUGCUUCUGCUACAUAAACUUCAUACGAAUCCUCUCCAAUCUGCCUCAUCUCGGACGACGCCGUAGACUCAGGGCCAUUGGGUUGGCGAUGGGGACGCUGUUGGUUUUCACCGUCUGUUUUAGCCCAUAUAACGUCUCGCACGUGGUUGGUUUCAUUCACGGUAAUAGUGAAUGGUGGCGUCAUUUUGCUUUGAUCUCCAGCACUCUGAACGCCUGUUUGGACCCCAUCAUCUUUUACUUUUCCUCGGCUGCUGUUCGAAGUGCCAUACGCUCAUGUGUUAAUGGUCUAAAGGAGAAAAUUCACAUUGUAGAAUGCAGAAGCUGCUGUUCUGCUGGCCCUUCCAAAGCUGAAGCCUACAAGGAGACAAACCCACCUUUUGACCUGAAGUGAGAAUCGAGCUACAGAAAGAAGUAUUGUUUGCAUUUACUUUCUGAGAGGUGAGAUAAAAAAAAAUUGAUGUGAGAAUGCACACUUUAUUCAGAAAGUUUUUGAAUUUUGAAUGAUCAUUUGGAUUAAACUUGGAUUUAAAAAUAGAUUUAUUCAAGAGAAAUAAAGAUAUAUAAUUAAUGGAUAAAUUACACUUGUGUUGAUUUCCUUUAAGUGAUUUUUCUCUGUUUACGCUGUAUAGAUAUACACAGAAAAGUACAUACUGUAAAUUGUAAAAUAAUUAUUAUCAAAUUAUGUUAUUAGUCUCCAUAAAGUGAUUUUCUCUAUGGUAA